UUGCGUCAUGACGUAGCUGGCGGGAGUUGUGACGCUGCGUUUCCUUGUUUUCAACGCAGCGCGGGAGAUUCAGGAGAAGAAGAGGAUCGAGUCUGUGGAGAAAACCGGGGAAGUUUCUGCUGGUUUGUUAAAAUGCCUUGUGAGAGGAAGCAGCUUCGUUAUGGUCACUCAGAGGGACACACCGAGGUCUGCUUCGAUGACACCGGGAAGUUCAUCGUCACCUGUGGAAACGAUGGAGAUGUCCGGAUCUGGGAGGGUCUGGAUGAUGAUGAUCCCAAGUUCAUCACUGUUGGAGAGAAAGCUUACUCUCUGGCACUCAAGAAAGGGAAGCUGGUGACGGCGAGCUCCAACAACACGGUGCAGAUCCACACGUUUCCUGACGGUGAUCCUGAUGGCAUCCUGACCCGGUUCACUACCAACGCCACACAUGUCACUUUCAACAGCAGUGGGACCAGAGUCGCAGCAGGAUCCAGUGACUUCAUGGUGAAGGUGGUGGAGGUGUCAGACAGCAGCCAACAGAAAACACUCAGAGGCCAUGAGGCGCCGGUCCUGAGUGUCACCUUUGACCCCAAAGAUGAAUUCCUGGCGUCUGCAAGCUGUGACGGCUCUGUGGUGGUGUGGAACAUCGAGGAGCAGACUCAGCUGAUCAGCUGGCCUCUGCUGCAGAAGACGAAUGACGUCAGUAACGCAAAGUCUCUGUGUCGACUGGCCUGGCAGCCCGGGACGGGGAAGUUUCUUGCGGUUCCCGUAGAGAUGAAGGUGCAGCUGUAUGAGCGAGGGUCCUGGGAUCAUGUGAGCACGCUGUCUGAUGAUCUGCUGACACAGCCCAUCAACGUGGUGUCCUGGUCUCCAUGUGGGACGUUCCUGGCAGCAGGCAGCGUGGGAGGUUCACUUACCGUGUGGAGCGUGAACAGCAAGCUCUGUGUUGAAAGGCAGAAACACGAGAAAGGCUUCACGGUGUGCGGUUUGGCCUGGCAUCCGUCAGGUACUCAGAUCGUGUUCACGGACACAGAGGGCUGCCUGAGCCUGCUGGACGGACUCAACUCCUCUUCAUCAAACACAGAACCCUCAAAGCAGGCAGCCGCCAAGAAGCCACCGAAGGAGUACGACGACCUGUUUGAUGACGACGAUGACAGACUCAUGGAUGAAGGGCUGAGCGACACAAACUCACCUGUAAAGAAACCCGUCACUGGGGAUGAUGAUGACGAUGAUGACAUCCUCAUACCUUCAACGGGACGAGUGAGGAACAGAGGGGCGAUCCUGGAUGAUGAGAACUCACUGGACACAGGAUCCCUGAGGCUCGGUCUGGAUAAAUUCGGGGAUGAUGAUGAUGCCGGCAGCGCUGUGGUGCCUGCAGCCCUCCCACCCGUGCCCCUGCGUCCUGUCUACGAGGGACCCAUGCCAACGCCCCCCCAGAAGACCUUUCAACCAGGCUCCACCCCUGCACACCUCACACACCGCUUCAUGAUGUGGAACUCUGUGGGAAUCAUUCGAGGCUACAACGACGAGCAGGACAACGCCAUCGACGUGGAGUUUCACGACUCAGCUGUCCACCACGCCAUGCACCUCACAAACUCUCUGGGUCACACCAUGGCUGAUCUUUCCCAGGAGGCCGUGCUGCUGGCCUGCCCCAGCACAGACGAGCUCGCCAGCAAGCUUCAGUGCCUCCACUUCUCGUCCUGGGACACCAACAAGGAGUGGAUGGUGGACCUGCCGCAGGGUGAGGACGUGCGGGCGCUGUGCAUGGGUCAGGGCUGGGCCGCCGUCGCCACCAACACGCUGAUGCUCCGACUCUUCUCCAUCGGAGGAGUGCAGAAGGAAGUGUUCAGCCUGCAGGGACCCGUAGUCUGUAUGAGCGCGCACGGGGAGCAGCUGCUCAUCGUCUACCACCGAGCUACAGGGUUUGAUGGUGAACAGGCUCUCGGUGUUCAGCUGCUGCAGUUCGGUCGGAGGAGGAAGCAGCUCAUCCAUGGAGAACCCCUCCCUCUGUCUCGUAGAUCCCACCUGUCCUGGCUUGGAUUCACUGCAGAAGGGACCCCCUGUUAUGUGGACUCUGAAGGAGUCGUCCGGAUGUUGAACCGCUCCCUGGGGAGCACGUGGACGCCGGUCUGUAACACCAGAGAGACGUGCAAAAGCAAAUCGGAUCACUACUGGGUGGUGGGAAUCCACGAGAACCCUCAGCAGCUCAGGUGUAUUCCAUGUAAAGGCUCCAGGUAUCCUCCAACUCUCCCCAGACCUGCUGUGGCCAUCCUGCCCUUCAAGCUGCCGCUGUGUCAGACCUCCACAGAGAAAGGACAGAUGGAGGAACACUUCCAGCGUUCAGUCCUCUUCCACAACCACUACAGCUUCCUCUCAUCCAGCGGCUAUGAGAUCGACGAGGACGGGCAGAGUCAGUCCCAGAAGGAGCAACAGGAGCUGCUCAUGAAGAUGUUUGCUUUGUCCUGUAAGCUGGAGAGAGAGUUUCGCUGUGUGGAGCUGGCCGAGAUGAUGACUCAGAACGUUGUGACCCUCGCCAUCCGAUACGCGUCCAGGUCCAGACGCAUGGUCCUCGCCCAGCGUCUGAGUGAGAUCGCUCUGGAGAAAGCAAACCAGAUCCAGGAAGAGGAGCAGGAGGAGGAGCAGGAGGAGGAGCCGCAGUACUCCAGACAGACGUCCAGGUAUGGACAGAGUGAGUCCACAGGAGGACGGUACAGCAGCAGGAGUAAUCAGGAGGAGGAAGAGGAGCAGGAAGAGGAGCUCAGGGUGGAGGAGGACGGUCAGGAGAUGGAGACAGAAGAGUCAACAGAGAGCAGAAAGCGUGUGAAUCCAUUUGCCAAAGAAGCCGGAUCACCUGUGAUGCCGUCUCUGACACCAAUUGGGAAAGUAGGACGUGCAAAUCCUUUCAAGGUACUCGGCUCAGGGAAACCCUCGUCUGCAGCGGGUCAGCCUCGAGCCUCUAACAUCCUGGACAACAUGACGGCCAGCAGGAAGUCUGCUUCACUCAGCGGAUCUGCAGGGAAACCAGGCAAAGCCCCCGUCCUCAAACCGCUGGCCCCCAGAGCCAAAACUAAGACUCAGUCCACUCUGCUGCAGAUGACAACCUCCAAAUCAGCAAAUAAGAAGACUCGGGAGAAUCCAGAGCCGCCUGCAGACCAGCAGAAACCAGCAGAAGCCCCGCCUCCAGCAUCACCUGCAGAGAACACUGAGAAUCAAAGGCCGAAGACGGGCUUCCAGUUCUGGUUGGAGGAGAACAGGAAGAGCAUCAUCGCCGACCAGCCGGACCUGGAGGAGACGGAGGUCAUCAAAGAGGCGAUGGGACGCUUCAGGACGCUGUCGGCAGAUGAGAGACUGACAUGGACGGAAAGAGCAAAAGGCCAAAGUGGAGAUGCAGCCGAUCUGAAGAAGAGGAAAAGGGCUGAGGGAGGAGAUGGAGGAGGAGGAGGAGGAGGAGGAGGGGGAAAUGAAAAUGGACAAGCAGAAGCAGAAGCAGAUGAAAACAGUGCCAAGAAGAAAAAACCUUUGGAUGCUACCUCCAAGCUUUCAGCGUUUGCUUUUAACAAAAACUAAACACUCGACUUGUUUGUGGUUUGAUUGCUGAGAUGUGGAAACUGAUGAUCCUAUUGAAUAAAAUCAUUAUGGGUCAUUGAGGCACUUAAACAGAUCAUUAAAGGGCCUUGGGGUCAUCAGUAAUGCUGUAUUCUUACAUUUCUAUCUUCUCUUUAAACCUUUGUAUGUAUUUUAACAAUUCAAUAAAUGUACAUUUUUGUUAACA